AUGCCUUCCGAGUCCGAUGCGCACCAACCCCAGAUGUCACAACGGCAAAAGACGAUGGGCGAUGAUAUGGCGCAAAUGCAUCGCCUUUCUCCCCCGUCUGUAAUGGCUUUGGCUCGCUAUCGGCAGGAUGUUGAGGAGGAGAUUUGCGAGACCGCGCUGGGCAGGCCUGCUUUCUCUGCUUGGAGACUCCACUCCAAGGACAGUACGCUCUUCCCAUACCAUGCCUACGACCAACAAGACCCCGCCGAAUUACUCGAUACACUGGACUUUCUACGAACCCAAACAACCGAAAACCAAGACAUAUACCAGAGACUGGUGGAGACAAGUUGCCAGCAGCUAGGCAGGUGGAAGAGAUGGCUGCCAUAUUACGGAACAACCGACGUGAUAGAAGUCAAGUUUCGGUUUGUCCGCCCCGCUGACUUGGAUGGGCAUUAUGCCAUUCAUAUGAAUAUUAUCAACAUCGAAGAGACGCGGGAAAAGUGUAACAUAGCCAUACUGAGGCAUCCCAGUCAAUGGGGAGAGCCAUGCAUCAGGCUCGCUGCAAAGGAAGCAGAACAACGGCACAAACUCCUUGAUGACAUCCAGUACCUAAAGAAGUGUGCUCGCGAUCCAGCGAGCGCCAACGGGUUACGAACGCUGGAGGGAAUGGCACAAGAAAGUUGUAUCUAUGAUGUCAAGUAUGAGUAG